AUGAUGAAAAGUAAGCGUGCAGAGAGACCCAUGGAUACUGUUUUAGUCAAAUUAGUUGAUAGGAUGCAUCCGGAGAUUGAGCAUGAUGCUCUGCAUGUUGAGAGGAGCUUUACGGCAGAAGAUAUCAAAAGAUAUCUGAAAGCAGUACUUGGAAUGGAAGGUAAGUACAGACUGUAUAUUGAGGGAGUGCCGUUUGAAGGAAGUGUUGAUAGCAGGAUAACAGAUAGAGGGCUUGAGAUUGAGAAAGGAGUGGCUGUUGAGUAUGAGAUUGAUGAUCAAAGCACGCCGGAUGUGUGUGUUGAUCUUGAAGACACAGUGAUGUUUCUGAAAGUUGUUGGUGAGGAUUCAAAGAUAUGGUGUUGCACCUAUAGCGGGAUGUUGAGGAUGUACUCGUGUGUUGAGAGGGCGAUUUCACUGAUAGCAACAACUGAAUGCCGUGGAGUAAGAGGAAUGGCAAUUGGAGAUAGAAUGCUAGCAUAUGACUGCGGCGGAAAGAUUGUUGGUGUUGAUGAUGCAAAAGUGUUGCUUGAGAUUGUAGGAGAUGUGACAAGUAUGUCAUUCAAAGGAGAUAUGAUUUGCAUUGGGACAUAUCAAGGAGAGUGCUAUGUGCAUGGCCAGGAGCUUAAGAAAGUGAAUGAGUUCAAGACCAAGGUUGUAUUUACGUCAGUAAGUGAGGAGGCUGUAGAGUUUGUGUCUAUGGAUGGGGAUAUGUAUCAAUGGUGCUUGAGCGGAGAGUGCAAGAAAACCAAGCUUGGCCAUAAUGUUACGGCAGCAGACAUGAAAGGGCAAACAAAGGUUUUUGGAACAUCGUCGUCAGAAAUGCUGGUUGUGAGCAAUAACGAAAAGUCCGUUGUAAAGACAAGAAUUAGAUUCAGCACUGCAGUGGCAAUAGGAAGCCAGGGCAUAGUAGCACAAGCAUCACAAUACACAAUCUCUAUUAUAAACACAGCCAGCGGAGAUGAGAUGCGAAAGAUCGUUGUAGAUAAGUGCAUUGCGGGCAUUGGAUGGGUAGAAAACAUGCUGAUUGUAGCAUGUGGAUCUACCAUCCGUGGGUAUUUUAUACAUUAUUGA